UUCUAUGGAGUCCACUGCGAUACAAAUGUGUCAAGGUCUUCGUUGAUGUAACUAUGACUUUCAUUAUUGAUUACUUAAGCAGUUGAAAGAAAGCACCAGAAGAAAGCACUACCUUCUUGUGUGUGAGUGUGAGUGUGAGUGAGAGUGAGAAUGGAUUGUGAUCUGAAACGUUUAUUUUUGGCAUUUUUUCUUAUUCAAAUCCAUGGAUAUGUAGUUGCUUCUACUUUCCCUGAACUACCUGUUGCAUUAUCUCGUUGCUCUGACCUGUGCGAUGGUAAAUGUGAUCUUCCUCGUGUUCCUUACCCUUUUUGGGAUAGGCGAAGGUUGUUACGAGCACAAAUGGUUCGAGGUUGUCUGCAACUGCUCAUCACACCGCUCUUUUCUUGUCCUGCCAAGCAUCGGACUGGAGGUUAUUUCGUUUUCCCUUACAGAUGACUUACACCACCACGAGGACCGUUCUUACAAGAGCAACAGGUUUCAAAUUCAGAGUCCAACAAAGACUUCAGGCUGUUCCAAUGGAAGAAAAGAUAUCAGAUCUCUGAAUCUGUCCGGGAGUCCAUUCUUCAUAUCAGAUAAUAACAAGUUCACAGUUGUUGGAUGUAACAUCAAAGCCAUGAUGGUAGGAACAGGGCCACAAAUUGUUGGAUGUGAAGCUAGAUGUGGGAAAGAGAAUCAGUAUUACAAAGAUGCUGACAAGAGCUGUGUCGGAUACAAAUGCUGCCAGACCAAAAUACUGCCUGGUCUCCAAGUGUAUGAUUCAACUGUGGAGAAACUGCAACCUGGUGAAAAACUCAUGUCAGAUGGCCUACUUGUCACGAGAGGGGGAGGGUUACCUAAUUCAACAGAUCACUAUAUCCGGACUAUGGAUCUGGAAUGGCGUCUUGAUGUUCCCCCCCAUGAUCUUUCCAGAGAAUAUGCAAUGCGAGAUAAGUACAAGCGUAAUGCGUACAGAUGAUCAGUAUAAGUAUCAAUGCAGCUGCAAAUCUGGUUAUGAAGGAAAUCCUUAUAUACCUGAUGGAUGUCAAGACAUUGAUGAAUGCAAAACUAUACAUGGGGUGUGUGGAAAGAGCAAGUGUGUGAAUGUGCCUGGAUCAUUCACAUGUGAAAAAAUAUGGCCAGCCAUUCUAGGAAAGUUAUUCUAACUAAUUUUUUUUUCUGUAUAUCUAGAUUGAAACUAAAUAGAUUUAUAACUUACAAUGCAGUUGAAACUCUAAGCUGGGGGUUGUUGAUUUUAGUCGUGGGAACGUGGUGGCUAUGCGUGGCUAAUAAAAAGCAGAAAGCAGCCAAGCAGAAGAGGAAGUUCUUCAAACGAAAUGG